AUCGCCUAUAUUUCACUAUUAGAAAAACCAACCUGAAGUUAACUCUUUUUGUUGCUUCUCAGUUAUUAGCCCAAUUAACAACAACUCUGUCUAAGAGUUGAUAAUAAUAAUAAUAUGGUUACCUGUGGAGGCCUAAAACACUUCUUUGACAAACCAUUCCCAGAAAAUUCAACAAUUCUUGAUUCCACUUCUUCAUGGAAUCAGAUUAAAUCCAUGAAACCUAAUAAAGAUUCAUCCUUCACGGAGAUUUUUGAUGAAUUACAUUCUGUUUCAUCGUUUUCUUCUAAUAAUCUCCCUCCAUUGUCUACCACCUCCUCGUCAUCAUCAUCAUCAUGUUCUUCUUAUAAUAAUUCGUCAUUUUCUUUCGAAGCAAUUCACCAAUCUGGGAUUGAAGAGAAAAACAGAGACCCUAUUUAUCCACCAAGCAGCCAGAAGAAACAUUACAAGCAUAGUGAUAGCUUUUCUUCAAGAAAUUCAGAUUGUCUUUCAAUAUGUACAGAAAGCCUUGGAUUUGAAAGCUGUGAUGACGUUGAAGAUAUUAUGAAUGCAUUGAGUAUUGGGAAUGAUCAAGAACACGAAGAAAUUAGAUCAACGAACAUUCAUAAUCAGGGGAUUAUAAGUCAUGAAUAUACGAAAAUUAGAUCAAGAACAAAUAAAGGGGCAUUAUUGCCUCCUCCAAUUUCUUGCAUUGGUAGAAAUGGAAAGCCCUGUGUUUGUUUUGAAUCUUUUAGAGAAAAUGGUAGGUUUAUUCUCAAGGAGGUGAAAAUUCCUGAAUGGGAAUUCUUGCAUGCAUGUAGAGAAGAUGGACGAUUGAAGCUACAUAUUGUUCAGUCAGAUGACGAAUUUUUCGAUGAAGAUGAAGAAUAUGAUGAUGAUGAUUCAGAGGACGUUGAAGAAGAUGAAUCAAGUGAAGAUUUAACAAAUGAUGAUGAUGAUAAAAGAGAGGUUGUUGAAUCUUGCUGAAAACAAUCUAGAAAUUAAAGAACAGAUAUCAUAAAAGCAAAGGCGAAAUCAAUAUUUAAAAACAUACUAGUUCAGGUUUCUAGUCCUUCUGAGUUACUUAGUUACAUAUUUAAUGAAUAUUUUAAGAUAAAUACAGUGUUUGGACCAAAGCAUUUGGACGAACCUGAAACCGAAGCUCUAGCUCCGCUCCUGCACAAAGACAAAGGGGUGUUUGAUUUUUUAAUUUCUUUUUCGUUUCCUCGUAAAAAAAGUUUAAAGCUACUCUUUUUCUCUCUUUUUCAAGUAUGAAAAUAAAGAGAAAUCGGAAAUGUAAUUCUGAAUUCCAGAUUUAGAUGAUCAUGUAAAGGUAGUAGCAAGAGAGUAGUAAUGUUCAUGAGGUAAAUGUACCACAUUUCUU